AUGCUCGAUCCCAUCAGCGGCUGGGCCAUUGGCAUAACGGCUGUCAUGCUUGCCAUCUACGGCCCUUACACCUACUGGAUCUCCCACGGCCCUACCUGGGACGAGUGGCGCGAGCGUGAGGAGGCCGCCGACAGACGACGCCUCCGCGAGGUCAUCCGUGACGAGAACCGCGCAGCCGACGCGGCCAUGCUUCGUCAACUUACCGAGCGAGCCGCUGAGCUCAAGGCCCGCAAGAGGAUGCAGGUGGAGGAAAAGGCCGGUAGCAAGGAUCAGUCGGAGAAGAAGACUGUCUGA